GUCUCACUCGGGAUCUUCUCUCCUGUGUGUGGCCGUGUGGGCGUGGCUCUGUACUCAGUGUAGGGACCGGCCGCGAUUACCCGAGAACCAGCUUACUACCGGAAGGUACUGGCGCUAAGCUAAAAAAAAAGUUGAAAAAAGCACAUUUUAGAACACGGACGGACACACUCUUAUAUCAAGGUCUGAUUAUUAUAAUUGGUAAAAGGUGUUUCGACAGAGAAGCUUGUGAGCGAUAUGCGUAAAAGUCUGAAGGUUUCUUUAAAGUCGAAAAUGUAAUAGGUGGAUACCGGAAUUUGAAGUAUAAUUACAUUUAACGGAAAUGCUUUGUUCGCUCACCUAUCUAUAAUUUAUUUGCUUAUAUUAAUGAAAACAUUUUUAAAGAAUUAAGCGUAUUUUGGAACUUAAAUACUUGAAUUGUACCAGCUGAUUUUCCAAAAGAAUGACCGUAGGAACGAGAGCACGAGCUGGAAUUUAUCACGAAACACAGACCGAAAAUCUAUGUGCCCUUCACGCCAUCAACAAUCUUUUGCAAGAUGCUAUAUUCACAGCUAACGAUUUGGUCAACAUAGGGCAGGAACUAGAUAAGAACGAGAGAGCUCUAACCCAAUCGUCCUCAGGUGACGUUAACGAUAGUUUGGAACUUUCUCAGAACCUUGAUCCCAGCGGUAACUUUUCUAUACAGGUGAUCAUCGUCGCAUUGGCUUUCUGUGGAUUAGAACUGGUAUCACUGAACAGCUCCGACCCUCCAGCUAUUUUAGCAGGCCAAAACACAUACAACCAACAAGCCUUCCUCUGUCAUAAAAAUGACCACUGGUUUACAAUACGUAAGUUUGGAUCAAAAUGGUUCAACCUCAAUUCGCUACUUCCACGUCCUCAAAAAGUGUCUUGCAACGGGAGUCAUCUUUCUCUUUUCGCUACCAAGGAGCUCAGAGACAGUUACACAGGAAUAUUUGUUGUGAUUGGAAAUCUACCCAACGCCGAAAUAAACGAAUCGGAUGAAAGUGAUGAUUCUGAUCGUAGUCCUGAGGACUCUAUUGGAAUUUUACCUAUUUCAUUCAAUCAAGAGCUACAACAGUGCAUCCUCUUUGACGAUCCAGGUCGUAUUACAGAUCGGGAUCCAAUAAACCAAGAAAGUAAAUGUAGGCAAAUGGUUGCCGAUAUACUGAAGCAGUUCCAUGGAGAACGGAAAAGCUAAAUAUUGCAAUACCAAUCUUGAUACGUAACUGGAAAUAAAACAUAACACUUGUCUGGCGUUCACAAACACGUAAUGUAAGUGAAACAAAACAAAAAACUAAUAGAAUCUGAUUUGGUUUACUGACUGCAAUCUUUUUUCUUUCUUCUUAUGAUCGUUUUUA